AUGGCCGUAACGACACCAAUCUCCUCAUUCAAGGUAGCUCUUGUGCAGAUGAAGCCAAAGCCCCUUGAUGCUGAGCAUAACUUUGCACACGCCGCUGAGCAGAUUCGCCUUGCUGCCGCACAGGGCAUUUCACUAGCUGUCUUGCCUGAAUAUCAUCUUACAGGCUGGGUGCCAGAAGAGCCUUCUUUCGCACUUACACCCGAAGACGCGGCAAAGUUUCGCAAAAGAUAUCAAGACUUGGCGAAAGAGCUAAAAGUUAAUAUCUGCACCGGCACAUUUGUCUCUCAAGCUCCCAAGGAAGACGAGAACGCUGAUUCGACUCCUACGCUACUCAACACGUCAGACUUCAUCGACCAUGAUGGAAACCUCCUCGGCACUUACACCAAGCAGAACCUCUGGAUACCCGAACGGCAUACGCUAACGUCUUAUGUCGACCAUGCUCGAAAUACCUCCCAAGAAGGAUACGCAUCCCCCAAUCCCCACCAAGUCAUCGACACCCCUCUCGGCCGUGUUGGCAUCCUCGUGUGCUGGGACCUUGCCUUCCCCGAAGCGUUUAGACAGCUCGUCCUCGCGGGUGCAAAGAUCAUCAUCAUCCCUUCGUACUGGACAUCGCUAGACAUGUGCAAAGACGGUCUUGCAUACAACGCCAACUGCGAAAAGACGUUUAUACAAUCGGCGCUAGUCACAAGGGCCUUCGAGAAUACCGCGGCAGUCAUCUUCUGCAACGUUGGCGGGCCUGCAGAAGAGGGCUUCUUUGGCUGUAGCCAAGUGUCAUUGCCUAUUGUGGGCACCGUACCUGGGAGCUUUACAGAUGGCGAAGAGGCUAUGCGUGUUUUGGAUGUUGAUAUGAGGACUGUGGACAUUGCGGAGGGUAAUUACCAGAUCAGGAAGGACCUGGCCCGAGAGGAUUGGCACUAUGGAUAUCUGAAAAACGCGGCGAGACUAUAG